UCCAGGAUUGGCAGAGGUCCAGGAAAUGCUGAAAAGUCGGCAAGUCGGACUACCAAAUUUUCAUUCCGAGUUGACCAUAACUGAACCAGGCGGACAUCUAUGAGGAUAACAAUGCUAUACAUACCUGACGACUGUGCUCAGCUGUGGGAACGAUGGAACUGAGUUGGACCUUUGAGCCCACGAUAUCUCCUGCAUCAGCAUCAUGGCAGGGUUGACAUUUUGAGGGCAAUAUACAGCUUUACUGCCGCCCUGUCUUCCUCACUCUUAUACAACCACCAUCGCCCAUCUCUUUUUCCUUUAGCCACCACACACCGGUCGAAAAUGGAGGUAUUGACUGGUGCAUCCAAAGUCAAUAUUGGCAGAGGAAACUUUUCAAAUAUUGGAAGGGAUCAAUUCAACGAUUGCACGAUUAUUCAGACACGAGAGAAGAGGACGAAGGUUGGCAGGGACCUACCAGGACUCUCCGAGUACACCGAAAUCAAGCGUGGCGACAUCUACAAGGACAACGACGUCUGUUAUUCUUGGCAGUUGUGCUCUAAUGGGAAUGACGAUACGGAGGCGGCCGUGUAUGUUGCACGGAUUAUGAUUGGCGGCCAGUUUGGGCAGAACAGGUACACUGUGAAAACGUAUCGUGGGCGAAAUGCGAAAAAGGAAUGGAGGCGAGAUUUUUCGCGAUGUUCUGAGGACUGGCUCAGAAACAUCCCACUUUUUGGUUACAACAAGUCGUCGGUUCCGUCGUUGAUAUUCUGUGGAGAGCUCGUACCCGUUGCAUAUAUGGAACCUCGAAUGGGAUGGGUGGGGUUACUUUAUCUUGAGUUACUGAGGGCCAGCUUGGGAUGUUCAAGGAAUGAGCUGUGGAUGGAUCCCACGCAGGGAAGACUCUGUCGUGGACCGAGUGGGCCAAAAUGUUACAAUUGGCCGGAACAAGACUUCGAUGGCAUAGUUCCUUCCAAUGUGGAAUUCCUGAAAGAGGAGGUUGUCAUCCGAUACUUCGCUAGUAAGGAACACGAUCGGGCACUUCUUUAUACGCUUAGUUAUAGUUGCCAUUCUGAAAUACUUGACGGCGAUAUCCCGGCAACCAGUCACACCCACGUCAUUUCUGGUUUGACAGACUCAACAAUCGCUUUCUUCGAGAGUGUACGGUGGGAGAGUUGGACAGAUUGCCUUGGAAAAGGGCAAGAGAUGCCAGAUGGAGCAUCGAGGUUCCGUCUCAAAGAUGAUUGGCGCAAGAUAAAAGUAGAGUCUUUCGGCGAACGAUCCGCUUGGCUCUCACAAGCGUUGAGUGUUUUCCACGUUCACAACAUCUCAUUGGAUGAGGCCUUUCCACCUACACUCGUCUUCCCUUGGCUUAAGCUCACAGGCACACUUCAGAAAUCAGAACACAAGCGAAAAAGACGUCAAUUACUACAUACACCGAUUUAUUUGAUUGUCCUUCCUUCUCCUUAUCCCCUCUAUCAUUGGUCAUUGGAUCCAACUGGCCAAACGCCACCACUCUCGUCAGAAAUGUGCAAAUACCUUGGCCUUCCCCGCAAGCUCUUCCUCAAUGUGACUCACUGCCAAGAUUCCUGGCCAACCAGGGUCUACAAAUACAUUCAUGAUUACCAAAUCGCGAGGAAGUUUGACCCAAAAACCUCAGAUUUUGCACGAUUUCUUGGAUAUUCUAUAUUCACAGUCAUUCUCGUCGAAAACCGCUUCGAAGAAAUUGCCGAAGACUCGGAAGUUAAACUGUCGCCAAAGGUCGACAAUUCUGAAGGACACUCGGAACUGAGUCCAGGGUCAUUCGUGUCUGACGAAAACUGGGUGAAAGACCGAAGUCCCGAAGAGCCAGAUGAUUCUUUCUUGCUCGAAUUGCUAUUCAAGAAAACCGAAGGCUCCACGAAGGACGCUGAGACAACAAAUUCGGCGUCUCCUCAAAAAGCAGACUCGAUGCGUUCACUACUGGGCACAUUAUUUGCCCCAUUCACAUGGGAAGCCAUCGAGGGUUCGGGUAUCUCAGCUGCAGCGAUCUAGGUGGUAAGAUGGGCUUGGAUCCGGUGGAAAGUUGAACUAGAGUGUAAAUUUGACAAGGACAGAGCAGCAAUGUAGUUCAGAAACCUGCAGGAACCCGGUCGUGAACCACGGGUUCAAUAUUUCAAUGAUAGGGUCAUGUCAGUAUCAA